ACGUCUAAAUAUAUAUAUAUCUCACUUUGUGGCCAGUUUUUUAUGCAGUGAGUGAUUAGCUUGCAAUUUGACAUGGCAGUUGGGCUGGAUAUUCAAAGUGAUGGCAGGGAAUAUGCUGGCAAGAUUACAGGAUUUCUGGUUUUAUCUUGCAUGAUUGCUGCUACUGGAGGAAUAAUCUAUGGUUAUGACCUUGGAAUUUCAGGUGGGUUGACCUCAAUGGAAUCAUUUCUGAAGGAAUUCUUUCCACAAGUAUACGACAAAAUGAAGGAAGAUACGAAGAUAAGCAACUAUUGCAAAUUUGAUAGCCAACUGUUGACACUUUUCACUUCCUCUCUCUAUAUAGCUGGUCUUAUUGCCUCUUUCUUUGCUUCGCCGGUCACUAGGACCUUUGGUCGGAAG